UGGUUUUCCUUUUAGUUUUACACUUACUGUUUCGGCCCAUAUCUUCUCUCUCAAGAAUUGUAUCCCCACAGACAUCUUUUGACUUGAGAACAACUACCAUGCUCCUGGUUGGUGCCGUCCGCUAGUACAAGAACGCUGGUUGUUAAUUUUAUUACUUCAAGAAAGAGGAACAAGGUCAAGGAGGUGAUAUUGAUUGAGAUCAUAAGAGGACUUGAGAAUUACAGAGACUCGUCGAAGUCGAGCCACCGAAUUCUUGAACUUGCGUUUCUUGAUCAGAUAAUUUCCAAAAUGAAAAGUUCUACUUCGCUGCAGUUUUAUUUCGCAAUUUGUUGCUUCCUUGUGACGACCACGGCUGCGAUUCAACUCAAGGCAGGCGUUGGAAAUGUCGGAGAGCGUCUAAUAAAUGCAGAACAGGAAGAAACACAUGUGACCACGGCGGCGGGCCGAAAUCCUGGCGAAAAGGGGAGGUCGUCGUCAGAACUAGGGAGAAGUCCUUUACUACAACACGGAAAUGAAGGCAGUCCCAGUCGCAUCUCAAGUUGUUUCCCUAGUGAAGUCUCAAAGGCCGGAGAUGAUCCUGAAACGGUCCACCCCGAGGAACAAACUCCACAGACGUCGGCUUAUGAGUUCGUUUUUGCACAGACUGGGCUUAUGGGGAUUGUGCAAGAUCAGUUGUGUUGUGAUUCAAAAAUGCUCGCUAAAAAUUUACCAUUCGCAAAACUCCUGUUCAUGGUGAAAAGAGACGGGGUUGCGCCGCUCCUCCUGUCUUCGGAAUCGUAUGCAACUCAGCAGGCGAACAGCAUUGCAUCCUCUUCCUCGGGAGAACAAGUACCAGCUACUUCAUCCUCGGGUACACUGGGUGCCUUUCUGGACACGGUUCGGUCUUCCACCGCAAACGAGCCAGUUUUACCAGAGACGGAGACUGCUGCUAUGGAUUUGCUUACGCAGGUCAUGUCGAGUACGCCAGCCGCUGUGGCUGAUCAGCUUCUUUUUUUUGUCCGCCAAGAGAACGAGCUCUUUCGUCGAAUGGGUACGAUGACGAAGACGGGGCUGCAAGAAAUGCGCGAAAUCGGAAAACAAAUAAAGCCGUCUGAGUGGCGUGUCUUGGGUCCAACUGAAGCUCAUCCGAUGCGCCGGACACCAGAUCGAUUCUUCGGGUUGUUCAACCAAGAAAAAGAAAACCCUCUCCAAAAGACGUUAUGCAGCGUCGGAGAGUACCUUCAGUGUCCCCAUGACGGAAGGCCUGCUGUUUUUUUCAGAGACCAGCUCCGAUGGCGCAAAUUCCGUACGAUAGUCAGUCGAAAAGCCCCCGAAAAUGGAGGAUCGCCUGCUUCCAUCAAUCUGAGUUUUAGGCAUCUUCUCUUUGAUUCUAAGUCUUCGAUGCUGAGUGUAAGCUUCAAAUUCGACGUUCUGCCUCCAGAGGAAGCGACGGAAGAAACGAACGCUGGCGCUGCAGGAAAGGGACUGCGUCUCCGCCAGAUAAAUGUUAUUUGGGAUUAUCCUGAUCGCUCGUGCGAUGGGAUUAGACUGAUAAAUGAAAACUAG